AUGAACUCUUCCUCCACAAAGGUCUCCUUGGCUGCAGUGACGCUGCUGCUGCUGCUGCUGCUGCCGUCCGCGUUGCUGUCACCUGGGGUGGUCGCGCAACCACUGCCCGACUGCUGCCGCCAGAAGACGUGCUCCUGCCGCCUGUACGAGCUGCUGCACGGCGCGGGCAACCACGCGGCGGGCAUCCUCACGCUGGGCAAGCGGCGCCCGGGCACCACGGGCCUCCAGGGCCGGCUGCAGCGCCUCCUGCAGGCCAGCGGCAACCACGCGGCCGGCAUUCUCACCAUGGGUCGCCGCGCAGGCGCAGAGCUGACGCCGCGCCCCUGCCUUGGGCCCCGCUGCCCUGCUGCACCCACCCGGGGGGGACCGUUCGGAGUCUGAGCUUUUGUUCCAGCUCUGCCCUGAUCUCGUCCUCUCCCCUCUGCCCGCCCAGAGUCGGCCCCCAAAUUAGCGGCAAUAAAGACACGUCUCCCUGUUGGC